AUGGCGCCCGAUGUAGUCUGGCUUUGCAUGACCAAAGACCAGACCUCCUGGGGCCAGGUCAACAAUGUCCAAAGAACAUUUGAUGAUUUCAUCAACUUGAUGCGAUCGAGCGGACUCGAUCCUAGCCGAAUCUCUCUGAGCAUUUUGACCGGGUCCGAGCAAGAAUAUCGACAUUUUCGUGCCGUGACCAAACGGUUUCAUUUCGCCCGCUUCAUUGUACUCUUGCAUCCAGGCUUGUACGAACUGGAAAGUACAUCAGCUGAUUCGACAGCCGAGGAACGAUGGAAACACCAUCGCAGCGAAACAGCCAAACUACGCAAUUACCUACUUCUAAGAACUCUACGGGACGAGCGCCAUAUUUUCUGGUUAGACCCCGAUGUCUAUGAAGUAACGCCUGGCAUCAUACCACGCAUGAUUGCGCAUUCAGAGAGCCGCGAGGAUGCCGGCAUCAUCACUGCACGGUGCUCGCCGACAGGGGAUUCUGAAUAUGACCGACACUCGUGGAGUGGUACCAAGCAGGACCAGCACUAUCUGAGCGAAACAUUGCAAGGGACAUCAGAUGGCGAUUUGGUGCCGUUGACGGCAGUUGGCGCCAGCGUUUUGUAUAUGCGGGCCUCGCUGAUUUGGCAGGGUCUGACUUUUCCUGCAUAUUACACGAUUGACUCUGGUUGGGACCAUGAAGGUCAUGAUGGCAUUGAAACAGACGGCCUUUGCCACCAGUCCCGAGGUCUUAAAGGCGGUGGCUGCUUUGCUCUUGGUGGCAACUGGUAUGUAAGACACACUUCGUAGGAAGAAGCUGG